GAUUACAGAAAGAAAAGGUGUACUGUCUCUUUAAGAACGCGUACUGCUCCGUUUCGUAUUGAUCCAGCCACCAUUUUCCAGCGCGCUCAGCGGCGGCAGUGGCAGCGACGGCGGCAGCACACAGCCCUUACCUGGAGACACCAGGAGCGUGGGGCAGCCAUGGCAGCCAAUAUGUACCGGGUUGGAGAUUAUGUUUACUUUGAGAACUCCUCCAGUAACCCACUGCUCAUCAGGAGAAUAGAGGAGCUCAACAAGACGGCGAAUGGAAACGUGGAGGCCAAAGUGGUGUGCUUCUACAGACGCAGAGACAUCUCCGCUACACUUGUUGCCCUAGCAGACAAACAUGCGCGAGAGCUGGAGGAAGAAAUGGAGAAUUCUGAGAUGCUGGACCUGCCAGAGAAACAGAAGCACCAGCUGAGACACAGAGAGCUCUUCCUCUCCAGACAACUGGAGUCUCUGCCUGCUACACACAUCAGAGGAAAAUGCUGCGUGACUCUUCUCAAUGAAACGGAAACCCUGAAGUCCUACCUAGACCGAGAGGAUGCGUUCUUCUACUCUCUAGUGUACGACCCUCAGCAGAAAACACUCCUGGCUGAUAAAGGAGAGAUCAGAGUGGGGAAUAAGUACCAGGCAGAAAUCACCGACCUCCUGAACGAGGGAGAGGAGGAUGGCAGGGAGCUGGCCAAACUGGAGGAGAAAGUCUGGGAUCCCAACAGUCCUCUUACAGAGAAACAGAUCGACCAGUUUCUCGUAGUGGCUCGGUCUGUGGGUACGUUUGCGCGGGCUUUGGACUGCAGCAGUUCAGUUCGGCAGCCCAGUCUACACAUGAGCGCUGCAGCUGCCUCCAGAGACAUCACACUGUUCCACGCGAUGGACACUCUGCAUAAUAACGGCUAUGACAUGACGCGAGCGAUCGCUGCUCUGGUGCCUCAGGGUGGCCCUGUACUCUGUCGAGAUGAGAUGGAAGAAUGGAGCGCCUCGGAGGCCAACUUGUUCGAGGAGGCUCUGGAGAAAUAUGGCAAAGACUUUACUGAUAUCCAGCAGGAUUUUCUCCCUUGGAAAUCUCUGACCAGCAUAAUUGAGUAUUACUACAUGUGGAAAACCACAGACAGAUACGUUCAGCAGAAAAGGUUAAAAGCAGCAGAAGCAGAGAGCAAGCUCAAGCAGGUCUAUAUCCCUAACUACAACAAGCCCAAUCCAAACCAGCUGAGUGUGAACAGCGUGAAGCCAGGGCUGGUGAAUGGAGCUGGGGCAAUACCUGGGGCAAUACCUGGGGCAGUAAGUCAGCCAGCAGGACUGGGCCGUGCAUGCGAGAGUUGCUAUACCACCACCUCAUAUCAGUGGUACUCCUGGGGACCUGCGAACAUGCAGUGCAGACUGUGCGCCUCCUGCUGGACCUACUGGAAGAAGUACGGUGGCCUGAAGAUGCCCACGAGACUGGAUGGAGAACGGCCUGGACCCAAUCGUAACAACAUGAGUCCUCACGGUGGACCAGUGAGACACGGCGGGAGUCCGAAGUUUGCAGUGAAGACCAGACAAGCGUUCUACCUGCAGACCACUCAGCUAACGCGGACAGCAAGGCGUAUCUGCCAGGAUCUGUUUAAGUCCCGCUUUCUGGCCCGUCACCCCUACACACCUGUCAACACAGCAGCCAUCAAAGCCGAGUGUGCAGUACGGUUGCCAGACAUGACCAAAAAGCCCAUGUCUUCAAGGCAUGCCGCCCGGAAGCCUCUGGAGUCUGUGGUUAGAUAUCUGGAGGCCCACCCAUGCCCACCUAAAGCGGAGCCCCCAAGAGGAGCCUCCAUAUCCACAGGCAGCUUGACUCCCAUUAAGUCCUCCCCAAUCCUGAACAACGGUUCACCCACCAUCCUCGGCAAACGCACCUACGAGCAGCACAACGGACUAGACGGUGAGCGAGGGUCCAAAUCCAAAGUGCUGGGUCCCCAGUGGGACAUCAUGUCCAAGCGAAUGUCCGAGCAGGGACGCCCUCCCCCUUCCAUGCAGGACAAUGAAGUACAUGAACUCGACUGACCCUUUCUGUGACCUCACGGACAUCAGGUUUCUGGCGUAUGGAGAGGCGUUUUCCUAAUUCUCAGUGGUGGAAGGAUCUCCGAGAGGAUCUGUGGUCAACAUUGCGCUAUAUUAGAGCCAGUGUUUUUGUUCAGGUGUACGAGCUAGAACGGGCUCUGACCUGACUGUAUAGGACUGCAUUCUAUCUUUAUGAUUAUAUUGCUAAUUCUGUUUAUUAUUAUUAUUAUUAUUAUUAUUACAAGUCUUGUUAUUGUUCUUUUUUUAACCAAAUGUAAUCGUUUUGUUUUUAGUUAAAUGAUAAAAAUAGUUUCUUGAAACAGCUUGUUCAAUUUGCGGGGGGAAACUUGGACUGUCUUAUUGGACUCUUGCAAAUUUGUAUUUCCUGAUCAUGUCAGAAAAAGAAGAGACAGGCAUUUUUUUUUAAACUACCAUUUUCAUUUCUGCUUGUCUUUUUUCAAUGCUCGUAUUAUUCGGUUUCUUCAGUCCGCCCUGCCCUGACGCCACAGGCGAUUAACUUAUUGAUUAAGAUGACUGAAUGUGUUCUUUUUCUACCUUUUUCACAAGUAUUGCAUCUAUGCUUCUAUGGUGUAAUUAAAAAAAAAGUUUCUCUUUUGUGAAUAUGUAAAUGACAACAGUAUGGAGGCAUUAUUGUACAGUGGUGCAUUUUGCGCCUCCAGUGUUUAUCAAGGCUUGUUAUAAGGAAUUUGCCAUGUACAGCAUAUUCUUUUUGUAAGGAACCUCUCUUGGAAGUCAAACGAUACUGCUCCAUGAAUACAGUGCACCUUCUUAAGAAUGAUACCAUAUAUGUGUUGUACAUGUUGUGCAGAUUCUUUUUUUUUUCUUCUUUCUUCCACUCUCGCACAUAUCCUGCCAAGAACAGCAUUCUGAACCAGGCUGCUUGUCACCUGGUGAUAUGUGAUACAUUGAAGUUUACACCACAGUUGGCUCAUUAAACAUUGAUACUUCGAGAGA